CGGGCUAACCCCCGAUCAUAUAAUUAUUGCAGAAGAUUACUUUCGCAUUGCAAAGCUAUUUGCUUUAUUGAGUCAUUUGUCUUCUGCAAGUAUGCAUCUUCGCGCUUGCUUUGCGAUUACUAUCGCCUUGGCGCUAGCGAGUGAGGCCGUGAACCCCGGCAUUCGCCUACGAUUGACAGAUAAAGGGCUGCAAUACGUGGCUAGUAUCGGGGUGGAGGUACUAAAAGAGAAGCUGAACUCCCUCACUAUUCCUGACAUCCAUGGGGACGCCGGCACCCCUGUGGGCCACAUCAGCUACGAUCUCACAAGCGUGAAGAUCACCAGUCUCUCUCUGCCGUCAUACUCGCUGAAGCCUGUGGCGAACGUGGGCCUGCAGUUCGCGGUGUCUGGGGUCAGCGUCGCUCUGAGCGGGCACUGGCACUACCGGGAGGACCAUUGGCCUCACAUCAGUGAUAGUGGCAGUGUUGACGUCAGCGCGAGUGGGAUAUCCUUCUCAGUCUCUGUCGCCCUCGGCGCUGACUCGAAAGGUCGCCCCACCGUCUCUGCGGCCGGAUGUUCAUGCAGCAUUGGGUCAGUCAGUAUCACGCUCCACGGCGGUGCAAGCUGGCUGUAUAAUCUAUUUGAUCACGAAAUCGAGGGCAAGAUCAAAAGCGCACUCCAAAGUCAGCUGUGCUCCGCAGCCAAAGAUUCUAUCAACAAUCAAGGGGCUAAAGCUCUUGCCAAUUUCCCAACAACAAGAAAGCUUGAUAAAUUCUCAGAGAUCAACUACUCGUUGGUACAAAAACCUGCACCAACAGCAGCCUUCCUUGACGUCAUGAUAAAGGGUGAGUUCGAGUCCGCUGUGCACCCAGUCGAGGCUCCCUUCUCUCCAGCCCCCCUGCCCGCCGACACGGCCGAUAAGUACAUGGUGUACGUGUGGCUGACUGAUUACGUCAUCAACACGGCUGGACUGGUCUACAUGAAGUCUGGCUUCAUGAACCGGACUGUCACUCAAGCUGAUCUUCCAAAAGACUUCAAAUUCCCGCUGAAUACCAACACAUUUAAAGUAAUCGUAUACCAGCUGUACAAUAAGUACCCCGACCGCCCCGUCCGGCUGAAGGUCUACCCAACACAGUCGCCCGCGAUCUCAUCUGAUGUCGGCGGUGUCAACGUGUCAUUGGUUGGACACGUGGAGUUCUACGUGGACCUGCAGAAUGGUUCAUCCGUCUUUGCUUUCUCCCUCGGACUGAACAUCGCUGCUACGGCACAAAUCGCAAUUAAGGACACUAACCUCACUGUUCACGCUUCCUUCGUCAAAGUGGAUCCAAGCUUGGUCAAGUCAGCAAUCGGAAAUAUCGAACCCAACAUUAACCUGAUGAAGAUGUUUCUCAAUUCAUUCGUCGACAAGCUCAUUAUUAAUGAACUCAACAAAUACGGCGACCAAGGCUUCCCUCUACCUAUGAUUGAUGGAGGCAAACUAGUGAGCCCGCAGAUCUCUAGCGGCAAGCACUUCACCCUCGUCUCGUCAAACGUGGACUACCAUCCAUCCGAUACGCAAGAUUUGGAUGAGAUCAGCCAAGAGUUCGGAGAUAGGAGGUUCAUUAAGAUUGUAUGAACUUGUAUCAGGGGUUCGGGAAAAGAAGGUCAAUCAAGAUUGUAUUGAUUGUAUUGUACUGGAGCGCAAAAGUACAUUUUGUAAAAUCACUCUUCGUUUAAAAAAAAAUCACUGCCAUACUUUCAGAUUAAUGAUUUAUAACAAAUAAAAAGAGUUUUACAUUUCA